CGACGCCAUCCGGGCUUAGUCUUAGUCCCUAGCCAGGGGCCCCCCACCAUGUCGUGGUGGUCCUGUUCCCGAACCUGACCACAUCCCUGCGAAAGGAACGCGGGAGACCUUGCCGGGUACUGGAAGUCCCGGCCGCCGCCUAGGCACUCCCGGGGGAAUUCCGACAGCGCUUUGACCGGAAGCGGAAGUGCGUGGCGGCGGGAUCAUGGUGACUCUUACUGACCUGCCGGAUUCGGUGCUGCUGGAAAUCUUCUCUUACCUCCCGGUCCGGGACCGGAUCCGCAUCUCCAGGUGCGGCCCCUCUCCUCGGGGGAAAGAGCCGGGCAGGGGGCUCACCCAGAGAUGCGGAUCCGGCCCCAGCGGGGCCGGGGUCGUUCUAACGGCGGGUCCCCUCCCCCAGGGUGUGUCACCGCUGGAAGAGGCUGGUGGACGACCGGUGGCUGUGGCGACAUGUCGACUUGACGCUCUACACGCUUCUGCAUAUGAAAGAGAACAUUCCACCCUUGAUUUUCUGAGUCUGGCUUAUCUCACUGAGCAUGAAGUUCCAUCCACUGCUUUAUUCUGUGUGGUAUCUCUCUCCCAGAGGUGGUUAUUAAGAAAGACUUAUAAAGGGAUGCGGCCUAAAGUCAUGUGGCACCUCCUUCGCCGAUACAUGGCAUCUCGGCUCCAUUCCCUGCGGAUGGGUGGCUACCUCUUCUCCGGCUCUCAGGCCCCCCAGUUGUCUCCUGCCCUGUUGAAGGCCCUGGGUCAGAAGUGCCCCAACCUGAAGCGCCUCUGCCUGCAUGUGGCUGACCUGAGCAUGGUACCCAUCACCAGCCUGCCCUGCACCCUGAGGACCCUGGAGCUACACAGCUGUGAGAUCUCCAUGGCCUGGCUCCUCAAGGAGCAGGACCCCACCGUGCUGCCCCUGCUCGAGUGCAUCGUGCUGGACCGUGUCCCUGCCUUCCGAGACGAGCACCUGCAGGGCCUGACACGCUUCCGGGCCCUGCGUUCACUGGUGCUAGGUGGCACCUACCGUGUGACCCAGACAGGGCUGGAUGCCAGCCUUCAGGAGCUCAGCUACCUGCAGAGGUUCGAGAUGCUAGGUUGCACCCUCUCAGCCGACAGCACCCUGCUGGCCAUCAGCCGUCACCUCCGAGGUGUGCGCAAGAUACGGCUGACGGUGGGGGGCCUCUCUGCCCCCGGUCUGGCCGUCCUGGAGGGAAUGCCAGCCCUGGAGAGUCUGUGCCUACAGGGCCCCCUCGUCACCCCAGAAAUGCCCACUCCAGGUGAAAUCGUUUCUUCCUGCCUCACCAUGCCCAAACUCAGAGUACUUGAGCUACAGGGGCUGGGCUGGGAGGGUCAGGAGGCUGAGAGGAUCCUGUGUAAGGGGCUGCCCCACUGUAUGGUCAUUGUUAGGGCCUCCCCCAAAGAGUCCAUGGACUGGUGGAUGUGACUGUGUCACUGUCCCAGCUUGCAGAGUUGAAAGACCCUCUGAGCAGCAGAUUGAAGAGGGCAGGUUAUGGGGCUGGAGGGAACUGAAGGUGACAGGCAGAGACAACCAAGGCCUUUGGCCUCCAGAUGGUGGGCGUCUGGCCAGCUGUGUGGCCUCAGUCUCAGCCUGCUUCUCCAGGCCCAGUUCCCACCUAGACAUGAAGAUCCUAGCUACCUCAGGAUUGUGUUGCAUAGCCUUACUCUAUAGCCAGACCUCAGAAGCCCUUGAUGAAGGGGCAUUCUCCAGGUCACCCUCAGGGUUGUCCUCAGGAACAGAAUGGGUGGAAUUAAGAGCUAGAAGGACCUGAGGCGCCGAUACCCCAGGGAUACCUGGAAAGAUUUUAUACAUGUGUACCCACAUGCCUGCACACCAGAGAUCAAGGGCAGAUGAGGCUUGCCAUUCAUAAUCAAAAUGUUCAUGAAGGUUCUCAGUUGUAUUUUCUGUAUUUUCUACCUUUUCCAAGUUUUCCACAGCAGAUAUUAUUUUGCUAUUAAAGAAAAAU